AUGUCAGGCAACAUCUGGGAAGCCAUAGAUGAUCAGUUGCUUCCUCAAGAUAUUGAAGAAGAAGAAAGAGAGAACUUCUUCAAGUACAUUCGUGCCAAUCAGUCCCAGGUGCUGCUGGUUUUUGAUGGAUUGGAUGAAGCACCUACCAGUAUUAUGGAGCUGUUCUGCAGCCUUGUCGAGAGCAGAGAACUCUCGAAGUGUCACAUAAUUCUUACAUCCAGGCAAGAGGGUAGUGUUAAGAUAAGCAAGUUUUGUGACACCUUACUUCAAAUAGAAGGAUUUGUUUCAGAGAAUUCUCACAAUUACAUCAUGCAUUACUUCAAAGACUUGGAGGCACAGGGACAAAACCUUUUGAAGGACAUAGAAGAAAAUAUUGAACUUGAAGAACUGAUUGUCAAUCCCUUAUUCACAGCAAUGCUGUGUCUUGUUUAUGAAGAUUUAGAAGGUGGUCUGCCUCUAAGCAAGACUCAGUUGUAUCUUGAAAUCACAGAAUGCAUUCUUAAGAGAUUUUGCAAGGGUUUGCAAAGCAAGGGUUGUCUCACAAUAAUGACCACCUAA